AUGCUCAUGAAUUCACCUUCGUCACUAGACUUAAAAAAAGAUUUCGAAUAGUAAGAAUUUCUAAGAUCUCCACAAAUCAUCUAUGAUAUCAAUUCCUAUGAGUAAAUUCCAUUAAAUUGGAGUAUAAAACCUUCUAAUCUCAAUUUUCCUGGUUAACAAUCUUUGAUUUUAAGAUCUGGUAGGUCAUAUUGUUACAAUUAUUUUAAGUAAGACCUAACUCAAAUAUAAAACGAAAAUAAUUAAGGUUUGGAAUAGUAAGUGGAUUUAGAAUGCCUAAUGUAAAAAAGUGAUUAAUUGGAUGCUGUCAAUAUUACUUCCAAGAAAAUAAGUACCAAAUCCUAAGCAUUUAAAAUUUAAAAGAAAACGAAAAUUUUAAAUAUUACUAGUUUAAAGUGUUAACAGCCUUGCAAUUGUAAAAGUAGCGGGUGUAUCAAACGCUAUUGCCGUUGCUUUCAUAGUGGAAAAACAUGCUUGCCAGAGUGUUAAUGUUAGGAUGGAUGUCUGAAUAAGGAACAUAAUAAUUGUGAAAGAAGUGAGGCAAUAAAACACGUGAAUGAAAAAUGUUAUAGAAACAGAAAAAUUCCAAAAGAGGCCCUCUUUAAAUUGGACGUAAUAUAUGGAUGUUCUUGUACUAAGUCUAAAUGCAGAAAAAGAUACUGUGAAUGUUUUUUAAGAAAUUAGAAUUGCACUGAGAAAUGUAAGUGUUUUGAUUGCUGCAAUCGAUAAAUUAUAACGGAAUGA